GGAUAUGGUUCGCCUUAACCUGAUGGACAAACAACAUCUUCUAGAGACAACCGUACAAAAGUACCGCUCAGAGCUGGCCGCGGCUACAUCCACAAUAGCUGGCAAGGAUAUCCUCAUCGGGCGCCUGCAGAGGGCUGCGAUGGAGCAUGAGGAGGAGCUGGUCAACAGAGAUAAACGCAUCCGACAACUGGAAUCCAAACUGGCUUUGGCGCUCAACGAAACCAGGAACUUGUCCGAACAACUGACCAGCAACUCCACCCGAGAUCUCCACCACCCGAGCCGCAGCGACACGAGCAGUAGCGAGUAUCAAUCUUCCUUCGUUCCCAGACGGUCAAGCCAAGAACUAGCCCCAGACGGGGGUCACCGGGUCUCUUUCCGCAACGCUAUGUACAGACGGCCGUCCAACAACGCAGGCAGUGAAUCGGCAGAGGAUUUUAACGGCGGUAUCAAGUCCGUACUCAGCUCGUCCGGAGACGGGGGAGGCGGACACGAUCUGGACAUGACCAAUCGGAACGGGUCACGUAUUUCACGAAAACGGAACAGUGUGUCAGACAACGCCAUCUCUCGCCUCACGCUCUCCACGCCGAGGACAGACGAUAAGUUCGGACGAGGGAGUAGCGCUUGCGUUGUGCAGUAAUUGAUUAUGCAUCAUCCUGCUGAAGUUUUUUUUGUUUUUGUUUAGUUGGGUGAAGAUGAUAAUAUGCACAUAACAACCAUUUGAUGCAGGGAAACACAAAAAAGAUGAAUCGUUAAAAAGUAGUACCUACCAGUGGCGCUGUCCAAAAACCAAUGCUGACCAGCUGAAAGAAUGUGGUUUCUGUUGUUGUUAUUGCUAUUAUAAAUUCUGCAGGUCAUGACCAGGUCGUGUCGUUUGGCCCGUAUUUAAGUCGAGGAGGGUAGGUGUGUCCACAGGAGGUUUACCUUUACAGUAUAGAGUGUUAUCCAGAUUAGAUGUGAAGACUGUUGAUAGAUCUAGAUGUGUGUUGAAUUAAGGAACACAUUUUAAACUGAAUCUGAAGGCUACUAAUUAUCAACUUAAAACUGGAAAUUUGUCUGAUUUGGAAAGUAAAAUCUUUUAAAUUUUACCCUC